AAACGACAUCGUUUGGCUCUCACUGUGGCCAAUAAAACCGACCAAUGCCUUUUGUUCUUCCACUCUCGUUUCUCCUAACACAACGAUCACUAUAAAAUAUUUUAGAAGAGCACAGAUCUCCCAAAUCCGUAUCUUUUGUAUUUGCAUAGUUGAAGAAGACGACCCUGCAAGCCAUGGCCAAGAGCUCCUUCAGACUUGAACACCCACUUGAAAGGAGGCAGGCAGAAGCUUCCCGAAUUAGGGAGAAGUAUCCUGAUAGAAUACCGAUUAUCGUGGAGAAAGCCGAAACAAGUGACAUACCUGAUAUUGACAAAAAGAAAUAUCUGGUCCCUGCUGAUCUUACUGUCGGGCAGUUUGUUUACGUGGUGAGGAAGAGGAUAAAGAUUAGCGCCGAGAAGGCUAUAUUUGUCUUUGUCAAAAACAUUUUACCACCCACUGCUGCCAUGAUGUCUGCAAUUUAUGAAGAGCACAAGGAUGAAGAUGGUUUCCUGUACAUGACUUACAGUGGGGAGAAUACAUUUGGAGCAUCAUUUGAAGGACUAUCUUGCUGAACUCUGUCAAUACAACUUUGAGAAGACAAAUUAGGUGGUGUAAAGGAUGUAAAUAUUUGGUGUCUGUUUGAACCCAAAGCAGCCAAUCAGGAGGUUAGAUCUUCUUGGAUGCUGCCCUCUGCUUAAUGUUUGGUAUUAUGGAUAUACCUGGUCAUUUGAUGAAAGUAGAUUUCUAUGGUUAUUUACUCAUAGGGCUUGGAUUAUCUCUUACUCAACUUGUUCUCGAGAUGUUAAUAGUAGAUUUUGGUGCCUCCAGGCUUAGUUAGCUUAGUGGUAAUUACAUAUUUCAAGUUUGGAAAAAAUUCCGUGAAAUCUAAAGUCCCAUGUCAGAAAAUAUGUGAUUGUGAGCUCUUAUAAGUCAUAUUAAUGCUAUUAGUUUGAACAUUUGAGCA